AUGGCCAAAUAUAUGGCACUGGAACAGCCCCGGGACAAAAUACUGGUGGCUUACGUGUACCUUUGCCAGGGUGGCGAUGGCCUGGCUCAUCUUAGCAGUAAGUCUAAAGUUGUCAACUUUGUGCCCGAAAGUGCAUCGCAACUGCCAAUCUGGGACAUGGCUAUACCUGUUGGCACGAAACUGGUCGAGAUAUUCAUACGACCCGUCCAACUAUACGCCGACCCCUUCCGGGGCGGCAAUAAUAAGCUAGUGUUGUGUGAGUUACUGACGGCUGACAUGAAACCCCUGUCCAACAACUAUAGAUACAGUUGUAAUGAGGCCAUGGAGUUGGCACGGGACCAACACCCGUGGUUUGGUGUUGAGCAGGAGUACUACCUCAUGGACAGCAAGACUAACUGGCCGUUGGGUUGGCCUAAAAAUGGUUACCCGGAACCAUUGGCAUCUCCGCAUGCGUUUCAUUACGGGGCUGUUGGCGCUAACAACCAGUACGGGAGGGAUGUGAUGGAGGCCCACCUGAGGGCCUGUCUGUAUGCGGGCAUUAAUAUAUGCGGUGAGAAUGCAGAAGGACAACCAUCUCAGUGGGAAUACCAGGUGGGUCCCUGUGAGGGCAUAAAACUAGGGGACGACCUAAUAAUGUCCAGAUAUAUACUGCAUAGAGUGGCCGAGGAUCUACAUAUAGGGGUGUCGAUUGAUCCGAAACCUGUACCCGGAUGGCUGGCCAACGGCGCCCACACUAACUUCAGUACAGAGGCUAUGAGAGCAGAGGGAGGUUUGGUUGAGAUUAGGGCAGCGAUGGAAAAGCUGAGCAAAACACACGACAAACACAUGAAAGUGUAUGACCCGCUCGGGGGUAAGGAUAACGCCCGGCGACUGACCGGGUUUUGGUCGUCCAAAGCGGAUGAGUUCACGUGGGGUGAGGCCGACAAAGCCGCCAGUGUUAGGAUACCUAUGCCUGUUGUAAAGGCAGGGAAGGGCUAUUUUGAGGACAGGCGACCCGCUUCUAAUUGUGAUCCCUAUGCGGUUACCGAAGCACUGGUGCGCACCUUGAACCGUUUGUCCGCCGAUUCGUCGCCAAAACACGCGUCCAUUGAGUCCUCCGAUAGCCUCAGCCCUCGAGACACCGGAUCCGCGGCCAGUAUGUCGUGGUUUACGGACAUCGCCGGUAAGGCCGAGCAGAUGCUCAACGCGAUGGACAAGAGUGCCGCUCAAGUGCUCCAUACGUCGGCGUCCGGGUCGCAGACAUCAUCACCCGCUGGAAGUACUUCCGGCGGCCACAGACGACACGACUACUACGCCACUGAUGGCCAUAACGUGAACGCCGAGGAUAUGUCCGAAACGUAUUCACUGUCGACGCAUAGUAUCAAAACCAUAUCGAGUUCGGGCUCCCUGUCCACCACAACUGGUAAUGGAAAUGGCGGUCAAAGCAGUUCCAGAGGACACACCCGUACGUCAAGCUUCGAGUCGAUUGGUUCCCGAGAGUCCUCCAAGUCGUCGAAGGCGUCCAAUGAGAGA